AUGGCGCCUUUCACUCAUUUGAUCUUCUUGGCCAUCGCCUUUGGCAGUUUCACGCAGGUUCUUGCUAAACCUGUCUCUACAGACGACGCUCUCGUCGAACGCGAUGACGGAUCGCUGGAACUAUGCAGGACUAUCAACUGCGCUACAGGCAACUCCGAGCCACCGCCCGAAUCUUUCAGCAUUUGCUGCUCAGGCGGGCCCACAACCGCGUCGGACCCUAAUUCUGACUCAGGUUCCACAACUGGCGACACCCGCUCAGGCCCCAACUCCCCUUCUGGGUCUACAUCUUCCGGCGAUACUCCCAACUCAUCGACUGGUAUCAUUGCCGCCACUGGAUACUCGCCGAAUACCAAGGAAUCGGGAUCCGUUGGGGACUCACCCAAUGGUUCACAACCUACUGAGGUCACGACGAACUACGAUGAUGGCAAACCUCAGCCUGUCGGCGUUGGUCUCAAGUUUGGUGGCGACCAACUUGUAGCACUCGGGCCUCAGUCCAAUGGCGUAGCUGGAGCAGGCGUAGUUAUUAAUGUGCCUCAAACGCCUACUCUCCCUGGACCCACUCAAGACGCCCCCUCGGGACCAAGUAGUGGCGACCCUCCGACGUCGGGCUCAAACGGCGGAAAUACAGGAAACGGUUCUGACGGUGGUUCUGGGAAUACGGGCGGUUCUUCGACGUCGGGCCCAAGUAACGGAAACCAAGGGAAUGGCUCUGGAGGCGCAAACGGCGAUCCUGGCAAUACAGGUGGUCCUUCGACAUCUGGCGCAAACGGCGGAAAUCAAGGGACUGGUUCCGGAGGCCCAGCGGCUGGUGCUGGGAACGCAGGCAAUUCAUCGAACUUUCCACUGAGCGGCGCCGAUCUCGCUAAUGCAGCUGCUGACAACCAAGGCAGCGGCGACCAAGGCACGAAUGGAAACGGGUCUGGUAGUGGCACCGGUAGUGGCGCUGGCUCUGGGCAGCAAGGCUCGAAUGCAAACGGUUCUGGCGGCAGUGCGGCAUCUGGCCAAGGUUCAAAUCCAACUAGCAGCCCAGCAAAUGGCGGCUCAGGUUCGCCACUCACUUGCAAUUGCGUAUGCGGGUGA